AUGUCUAUCGUCCAUGCCCGGCUCUCGAUCAUAGGAAGCAGUGAUGACCUUGCGACACCAGUAGCCGAUCGUAUCGAGACCGACCUCGUACCGCUCACCAGCGAAGGAUCUAAGAUCAUUGCCUCAGGUGUGAUUCUGGUUCUCCUCACCGCGUUAUGGACCGCCCUACGAUUUUGGAGCCUUCGACGAAGUGGUCGAGCAUUUAUGGUGGAUGAUGGAUUGAACCUAGGAGCGGUGGUCCUGUUCUAUGGCCUCAUAGCGAUGGAGUUCUCUAUGGUGCUAGCAGGCGGUAUGGGCCAUCAUGUCGGAGAGCUACAGGACUGGCACGUAGUGCGACUUAUGAAGACUAUUUAUGCUGGCCAAUUUCUAUAUGUGGCUUCUCUCGGCCUGAUAAAAAUCAGUGCUAUCUUGAUGUUGAUACGUAUCUUCUUCGACCAUCGGUUCAAGCUUGCUGCCAUAGCUAUCUUGGUUUUCACCGUCAUUUGGAUGGUUGUGGGUAUGCUCAUCGAGUUUCUAAUAUGCCAGCCAAUUGAAAUGAACUGGCACAUUCGAAUGGCUGGCACUUGCGGAGAUCAGAAGGCGGCCUUCGCAGCAAUGAGUGUCAUCAAUAUCAUAAAUCAGCUUAUGAUCUUAGCCCUACCCCUGCCUAUGAUCUUGAAACUUCAGAUGGAAUGGCGGUACAAAAUUGUCACCAUUUGCAUAUUUAGUAUUGGUAUACUUACAUUAAUAUUUGGCGCCAUCCACCUUUCUACGGUUAUUCAGAUCGACCUUACCGAUGUACCAUACACAAUAGUACACGCAACCAUUUACGGAACAUGUGAGGCCGGAAUCGCUAUCAUAGUAUCCAGCUGCCCCCUCCUUCGACCUGUAUUCGACACGGUGCUCUCAAUGCGUUCAUCCAGAAAUAACACAUGGAGAGGCAAAGGCACGAUUCUCACACUAUCCAGGACACGUAAAAGCACCAAAUCAAGCGGAUUCACUCGGAUGGAUACUGAGUCGCGAGAGGAGCUCGAGUUAGGCAACAUGGGAGCGCAUCGAGCCAAGCGAGAUACGUUCAUUACAGUAGGCAAACGGCCUACAUUCCGCGAUGACGACGAUAACAGCUCUUUACAAAAGAUUGUAGUGACGAGCGAGACUAUCGUCAGUAGAGUCAAGGGAGAGCUCUAA